CUAAGCCAAAGCAAAGGCAAUUUCGCGUUAAAGACUCUAUCUUUGCUGUAUUUUCCAUGGCGUUUUCUUCGAAACCCCUCUCUACCGUCCAAAUUUCUCCUUUAUAUACAAUUCUCCACAACCCCUUUUCUUCAUCAAUCAAUUUUCUGACCAAUUCCAACUUUUAUUUCUUCAAUGGCUACUUCAAGAAAAUCCAAUUUUAAUGAUUUUUUGCCUCUUAUGGCUGAAAAACUUGGUGGGGAUGGUUUAAUUGGUGAGCUGUGUAAAGGGUUUCAGUUAUUAAUGGAUAGGGAUAAAUGGGUUAUCACAUUUGAGAGUCUUAAGAAGAAUUCAGCUUUGUUAGGGUUACAAGAUUUGAGUGAUGAUGAUCUUAAGGGUAUGGUUAAAGAAGGGGAUUUUGAUGGUGAUGGAGCUUUGAAUCAGAUGGAAUUUUGUGUUUUGAUGUUCAGAUUAAGUCCUGAGUUGAUGGAGCAGUCUCAGUUUUUGUUAGAUGAAGCUCUUCAUCAAGAAUUCAACUUUUCAUUGUAACUUU